GGGGUUUUGGGCAGCGGGGAGACGACCCCCACAUCGAGGGAGCGAAAGCAACAGCCCACUUGGAGGCUGGGCCCUUCUGGAGGCUUUUAGAGUUGGAAGAGACCACCAAAGGCCAUCCAGUCCAACCCCCUUCUUUCUGCCAAUCAAAGCAUUGGGUUGCUGUGAGUUUUCCGGGCUGUAGGGCCAUGUCCCAGUAGCAUUCUCUCCUGACGUUUCGCCUGCAUCUGUGGUUUAAUGAGGUGAACCAAAGAUGCCGGGAAGAUGGAACAGCUCAACUCUUUCUAAUGCAGGAGAAAUGGCAUCAGUACAACCGUUUCAGGUGUCAUUUGAGGAUGUGUCUGUACAUUUCAGUGAGGAAGAAUGGGUCCUGCUAGAUCCAAAUCAACGGACCCUGCACUGGGAAGUCAUGGAGGAGAAUUAUAAGAUGGUGGCUUCCCUUGGUGGUGAUGGACUGGGGAGUGAAAACAGAGGAGCACCAUGUAAAGCGUGGCUGCAAACAGGGAGCUGUAAAGAGGAGGAAGAAGAGACCAUGAUCACGGAAGCAGAAACAAAUGGAAGGAACCAGUGCCUUUCUGACACCUGGGAAAUCACAGUCCAAGAGAUCGCAGAUCAAAUGAAGGAGAUCAGGAACGGCCCAGUCUAUGAGGAAGACUUCUCCCACCAGGAAUCUUACCUCAAUGGUGAUACUAGGAAGCACACAGAAGCAGGAGAACCAAAACAUCACCAAUUGAGAGAUAGCUUUGGAUACAGUAUACACCUUACUAACUCUGAAAAAGAGAAACAUAAAUGCCUGGAGUGUGGGAAAAUCUUCCAGUAUAGUGGAAACCUCACUAGCCACAAAAGGACACACAUGGUAGAGAAACCAUACAAAUGCCAAGAGUGUGGGAAAGGCUUUGCUGAAAAGAGAAAUCUCAUUGGGCAUGAAAUGAUUCACAGAGGAGAGAGACCGUAUAAAUGCCUGGAGUGUGGGAAGGGCUUUAGCUACAAAGCAAACCUCAAGAGACACCUGAUUUUCCAUUCAGAAGACAAAUCGUACACCUGCCAGGAGUGUGGAAAAUGUUUCCACCAAAAAGCAGACCUCGGCAGGCACCGAAAGACCCACACAGGGGAGAAGCCACACAAAUGCCCGGAGUGUGGAAAAGGCUUUGCUGCAAAGAGAAAUCUCAUUGAGCACGAAAUAAAUCACAGGGGGGAGAAACCAUAUAAAUGCCUGGAGUGUGGGGUUUGCUUCAGCUACAAGUCGGUUCUCAAAAGACACCGGGAUAGUCACACCGAAGAGAAAUUGUACACAUGCCAGGAGUGUGGGAAACACUUCCGUCAAAAACGAGACCUGAGCAGGCACCAAAAAACCCACACAGGAGAGAAGCCCUAUAAAUGCCUGGAGUGUGAGAAAGGCUUUACCCAAAGGAAAUAUCUCACUGCACACGAAAUGAAUCACAGAGGAGAGAAAGCAUACAUGUGCCAGGAGUGCGGGAGGAGUUUCAGCCAGAGAUCGGUCUUCAGUAAACACCAGAAUAUCCACAAAAUGAAGAAAACACACGUGGACAGAAAGCAACUCUCAACAGUUGAUUUAAGACAUCAUGGGCCUUCUGACAGGCUUUAAGGAAGAACCUGGCUAGUUCAUCUUGGCCUUAUUAACCAGCUAAUAUGAUGUGUUGUCGAAGAGUCUCAUGGCCGGAAUCACAGGGUUGUUGUAUGUUUUC